CUACCCUUUAAGCUCUGUUUCAAAAUGGAUUCAGGGUCGUCCACAGGGGUGAAGGCAUCUCCUGUGAAUCAUUCUGUAUACAAUGUAAGGAAAAGCAUCCGUGCAGCACUAAAGGUUCUGUUCCUGGUGGUGUUUCUGGGAUGGCUGAUGCUUUGGAUUAUGCUCCCAACCAAGACCUACAAAAACAAAUGGACACCUAAACUGAGUGCCAAGGCCAAGGCUACUUAUUUUGGGCCUCUUUUCUUCUCCGUUUUCUGCACAAAUCUUUUGCUUUUCACGUUCCCAAUCAUGUUCAUUGCGGCAUUUGGAUGCGUGUAUCUCCAUUUAGGAAAGAAAUCUGAUCAUAAUUAUUACCACGACAGAAAGCCGGCCGGUGCAAGUAGUCGCCUGGCCUACUGGAAACGGCCGGUGCUGGUGCAGUCGUCUCUUGGAAUAGUCACUGCAAUGGAGCUGGCAUUUUCGGCCAUGUUCAUUGCUCUCAUGAUCUGGUCCCUUGCCAAUUACUUGAAUGUCAGCUUUCAGCACCUUUAUGCGGAUAAGAAAGGGGGGUUUGGCAGGUGGAAGUUGAAGUUCAGAAGUGUAUCGCUUAGAGUGAGUUACGUGGGGAACAUCUGUUGGGCGUUUCUCUUCUUCCCCGUGACUCGAGCAUCGUCCAUCUUGCCGCUUGUGGGUCUAACCUCGGAAUCCAGUAUCAAGUACCAUAUCUGGCUUGGCCACAUAUCCAUGAUCCUUUUCACCGCACACAGUGUGGGUUUCAUCAUCUACUGGGCAAUGACCAAUCAGAUAAUGCAGAUGCUACAAUGGAGUAAAACUUGGGUAUCCAAUGUGGCUGGAGAGAUUGCUUUUGUGUUUGCUUUGGCAAUGUGGGCUACGAGCUUUAACCGCAUAAGGAGAAAGAUGUUUGAGCUCUUCUUCUACACCCAUCACCUCUAUCCUCUAUAUCUCUUUUUCUAUUUGUUGCAUGUAGGAAUCCCUUAUUUCUGCACAAUCCUUCCCGGUGUCUUUCUCUUCUUAAUUGAUCGGUACCUAAGAUUCUUACAAUCUCGGACAAGAAUUCGCCUUGUUUCUGCACGUUUUCUACCUUGUGAAGCCACUGAACUAAACUUCUCCAAGAGCCCAGGGUUAACUUUUACUCCUGCAAGUAUUGUUUUCGUCAAUAUCCCUAGUAUUUCCAAGCUUCAAUGGCAUCCUUUCACAGUGACCUCCAAUUGUGACAUGGAGCCAGAGAAGUUGAGCAUAAUUGUGAAGAACGUGGGAAGUUGGUCCCAAAAGCUUUACCAAGUUCUUUCUUCCCCUUCCUCUCCAGACCGUCUUGAAGUUUCCAUCGAAGGACCAUAUGGACCUACUUCAUCUCCUUUUCUAAGGUACGAUUUGCUUGUGAUGGUGAGUGGAGGUAGUGGCAUAACUCCUUUCAUCUCUAUAAUUCGAGAUAUAAUUUUGAGGAGCACCACUCCAGGCAUAAAGAUUCCACGGAUGCUCUUGAUUUGUUCCUUUAGGAACUCCGCUGAUCUCACCAUGCUAGACCUUCUCAUCCCUGCCAGCACUGGUGCCACUAUCGACAUUUCACGGGUUCAACUUCAGAUAAAGGCCUAUGUAACCAGAGAGAGAGAGGCGUCCACCACCACUGAUAACCAGAAGCUCAUUCGGACCGUGUGGUUCAAACCCAACUUGUUAGAUAAACCCAUCUCUUCAGUUCUAGGCCCAAACCACUGGUUCUGGCUGGGUGCUAUAAUAUCAUCUUCCUUUGUCAUGUUCCUCCUCUUUUUGGGCAUUCUCACCCGUUACUAUAUUUACCCCAUUGAUCACAAUACCGACGCUAUAUACCAUUUCUCGGGCAGAGCCCUUUGGGACACAUUCUUUGUAUGCGUCUGCAUUGUGGUAGUAGCCAGUGCAGUGGUUCUUUGGCACAAGAAACAAAACGCUGUUGAAAGGAAACAAAUACAGAAUGUGGAUGUGCCAACACCGACCACGACUCCUGGGUUCAACAACACUGACACAGAGCUUGAGAGCCUUCCCCGCCACUCCUUGCUUAAUGCUACUAAUGUGCAUCUUGGAGAAAGGCCUGAUCUCAAGAAGAUACUAUUUGAGUGUAAAGAAUCAAGUGUCGGAGUUCUAGUUUGUGGUCCAAAAAAAAUGAGACAUGAGGUUGCAAAAAUUUGUUCAUCCGGUUUGGUGGAUAAUCUACAUUUCGAGGCUAUUAGCUUUAACUUUUGAUGCAUGUUCUACCGA